AUGUCGAUAGCAAUGGAAACAACACCGGUAUCAGUAUCGUCAGCAUCCGGAGCUGAUUUAAACUCUGAUAAAUCAUUGGAGCAAUCACAACAUGCGUUACAGAUGCAAUUAUCUUGUAGCGCUUCAUCAACACCGCCAUUACAAAAUGUAUCGGAACAAUCCGGUAUCCUACAAUCUGACUUAAGUACCAAUCUAUCGACUAUCCUAAAUGCUUCAAAAAAUAAUGAUAUUAAAAGUGGAAAUUCACCAGUAACUGAUGAUGAUGCAAAUUCGAUGUUAGAACGUGAGCUUGAAGUUCAACAAAAAGCCUUUCAAAGGUUUACUUCCUCAUUAAACGAUCUCAGAUUUCGGUCAACAUUUCCAAUCAAUGUUUUUCCGCCAUUUUUGGCUGCUCUACAGCAAAAUCCUUUAACUUUACAUAAUCAAUUUGCGGCAGCUAACGGUAAUCCGAGAAGUUCCGGUGUGUCACCUGGUCUAGAUGAUGAGGAUGAGAAUGAAGCGUUAGCAAGUACCGAGCCAGAAGAUUUAACUAUUAACUUUCGUAAAGAGAAAAAAGAAUGCAUUACGGGAGCUGGCGGAAGUAUCGGUGAUGAUAAUGCGGAUUCGGAUGCUAGUGGACAACAAAAUUGGUCAUAUGAAGAGCAAUUUAAACAAUUAUAUGAAUUAUCAGAUGAUAUAAAAAGGAAGGAAUGGCUAGAUGAUUGGCUUGGCUUUAUGCAUCGCAUUGGAAAACCGGUUACUCGAAUACCGAUUAUGGCUAAACAAGUCUUAGACUUAUAUGAGCUUUAUCGAUUGGUUGUACAACACGGUGGUUUAGUUGAAAUUAUCAACAAAAAAUUAUGGCGUGAAAUAACACGUGGAUUAAAUUUGCCGUCAUCAAUUACGUCUGCUGCAUUUACACUAAGAACACAAUAUCAAAAGUAUCUAUAUGAUUAUGAAUGUGAAAAGGAAGGUCUCAGUACGGCAUCCGAUUUACAGCAAGCGAUUGACGGAAAUCGACGUGAAGGAAGACGUAAUGCAUCAACCGGUUCUGCGAAUUAUCCGCAAGUUGGAUAUUCGGUUGCCGCAACUGCUGCCGCUGCUGCAGCACAUCAUAACUCAACUGCAUUACUUAAUAAACACCUCAAUGGUACUUUAAACCUUCGAAAUGGCUUAGAUGAUGAUGCUGGUUUAGGUCCAGCUUCGCAACAAGCCGCUUUAGUAGCAGCUUAUCAUGUGGAACAAUUAGCUGUUCUGGAAGCACAGCAAAGGCAAUUUGAACGAGCACAAAGAGCAGCGGUAGAAGCAGUAACUCGACAUUCAGCUCAUACACGUAGCAAAAACAACAACAUAAAUAGCAGUAAUAGCAAUAAUAGUAGCAAUAGUGGUGGUGGCGGUAAUGGCAGUGGUGGCGGUAAUUGUGUUGGCGAUGGUGGUAGUGGUAGUGGUCAUCAUUCGCAUAUGUCAGGACGUGAAUCAACCUCAUCUGCUGAUUCGGAUGGUGCCGCACCGGCGAAACGAGCUCGAACAUAUUCCUCAAUUACUGGUACCGCUGAUACCACUAAUGCCGCUGCUGUGGCCGCUGUUGCUGCGGCAGCUUUAAAUGAUGAAAAUGGCCUAAGCAAUAAUUUGUUGGCUAAUUUGGCUACGGAACGCUUAUUUGGUAGUAUUCCAUCAGCGCAUCUUAAAAUUACUAGUCGAGGAGAAAAUUCUUUGGUAGUAUCAAUGGAAAUUAAUGGUACCAUGUAUCAGGGUGUACUAUUUGCAUUAGGUGGCGGUACUGGUGCUGCAAAUAUACCGCAAAAUCCUUUCCAGAAUGUUAGCGAUGCAGCAGCUAUGGUAACGGGAUUGAAUUUGGCAACAACGCUCAAGAAUCCAUUAUAG